CAGGUCAAUCACUUCAGAAACGAAAAGCACAUACAUGUAUAUGGCACAGACAUGCCUGAUCCGAUAGAAUCUUUUGAUCAGCUAUUUAAAAGUUAUCAAAUAGACAAGAAUUAUAUGGAAAAUUUAACUAAUAUGGGUUUUAAAGUCCCUACCCCAGUACAAAUGCAGGCUAUCACUGCCAUCUUGCAUGCAAAAGUAAUGGUCUGUGCUCCUACUGGAUCAGGUAAGACUUUAGCAUUUGGUCUGCCUAUUUUACAUAAAUUAGGUGAGCACAAAACUGGCGGCUUCAGAGCUCUCAUUUUGGCUCCAACUAGAGAAUUAGCGAAACAGAUUCAGUCAGAAAUUGUGCAGGUUAGCAAGGGGUCUUCAUUGAAAGUUAGGUACCUCCUAAGUUCAAAAACAGUGGAAAAUAGAAAGAAAUGGAUGAAUGCAGGUUAUUUCAUUGUGGGGAAGUUUAAUAUGGUUAUCACAACGCCGAAAAAAUUUGUUUAUGUUUUGAAGAAAUUUAGGAGUGAACUUUCUCUUAAGAGUGUUGAAUGGUUAGUUGUAGACGAGUCAGACAAGUUAUACGAAGAUGGUGAUAUGGGCUUUAGACAACAGUUGGGAAAUAUCUACAAGGCUUGCCAGAGCUCUGCUUUAAGGACAUUACUGUUCAGUGCUACCUUCUCAAAAGAAGUUGAACUGUGGUGCCAGUUAAAUUUGGACAAUCUAUUGAGAAUCUAUAUUGGAAAUAUAAAUGCAGCUACUGACACAGUUGAUCAACAUUUGGUGUAUACUGGCAGUGAAGAUGGGAAGAUAUACGCACUGAGGAAUAUUUUCAAAGAAUAUCAGCCUCCUGUGUUGGUUUUUGUCCAAUCGAAGCAGCGAGCCGAUGAGUUGUUCGUAGAACUUCUUGGAGAUGGAAUGAAUGUGCAAGCCAUUCAUUCAGAUAAAUCUGACGUCCAAAGAGAUGGCAUAAUGAAAAAUUUUCUAAACGGAAGCGUACACAUCCUCAUCUGUUCUGACGUCAUGGCCAGGGGGUUGGACUUUAAAAAUGUCAAUCUCGUCAUCAACUACGACUUCCCGACUAGCGCCGUUGCUUAUAUACAUAGAAUCGGUCGUACAGGUAGAGCGGGUAGGCCAGGUAAAGCAGUUACAUUCUUCACAGAUGAUGACGUUCGCUAUCUUCGAAGUAUCGUUAACGUGAUCAGACAAGCUGGAUGUGAGGUUCCCGAAUACAUGCUGAGAAUACAGAAGCCACCUAGGUACUUUUUUUCUAGCUUUCCCUUUCUUUCGAAUGUUUUUGUUUCUACAAAAUAA